CCCGCUCCAAGCCGGAGUGGGUAGGGCGGGGAAAAUCUCCUGGACCUUUCCGCUUUCCAGCCCAUAACCCCGAGUGUCCGCACACUGUGGCGACAGGGGUGACGGUGACGGAGUGGAUCUCCGGGACGCAGGGGUGGCGAGGCCUGGGGGAGGGGUGGAGCGCGGAGGAGGCUGCGGUCCCGCCUCGCCCACCGCAGGGCCGGGCGCAGUGUCCGGCGAGCCCAGUGGUUAGCGAUGGCGCUGCUGUCGCUGCUGCCACCGCUGCUGCCGCUGCUGCUGGCGGUGCCGGCGGGCUCCGCCGAGGGCGCGGCGGUGGCACUCACCCCCGAGCGGCUUCUCGAGUGGCAGGAUAAAGGGAUCUUCAUUAUCCAAAGUGAGAACCUCGAGAAAUGCAUUCAAGCCGGCAAAUCUACACUGACCCUGGAGAGUUGCAAACCACCCAACAAGUACAUGCUGUGGAAGUGGGUUUCAAACCACCGCCUCUUUAACAUCGGAGGCAGCGGCUGCCUGGGCCUGAAUGUGUCUAAUCCAGAGCAGCCACUGAGCAUAUAUGAGUGUGAUUCCACCCACAUCUCCUUGAAGUGGCGCUGUAACAGGAAGAUGAUCACCGGCCCGCUCCAGUACAUGGUCCAGGUGAAGCACGACAACACGCUUGUGGCCUCCUGGAAAUAUCUUCAUAAGUGGGUUUCCUAUAUGUCAGGCGGUGGAGGCAUUUGUGAAUAUCUGCACAAAGAUUUGUAUACAAUCAAAGGGAACGCCCACGGGACACCGUGUAUGUUUCCCUUCCAGUAUAACCGGCAGUGGCAUCAUGAAUGUACCCGGGAAGGGCGGGAAGACAACUUGCUGUGGUGUGCCACGACCAGCCGAUACGAAAGAGAUGAGAAGUGGGGAUUUUGCCCAGAUCCCACAUCUACAGAGGUGGGUUGUGACGCUGUCUGGGAGAAGGAUCUCAAUUCACACAUUUGCUACCAAUUCAACCUGCUUUCCUCCCUCUCCUGGAGCGAGGCACACUCUUCAUGCCAGAUGCAAGGAGGUGCUUUAUUAAGUAUUGCAGAUGAGACUGAAGAAAAUUUCAUAAGGAAGCACUUUGGCAAUGAAGCAGUGGAAGUAUGGAUAGGUCUGAAUCAGCUAGAUGAAAAUGCUGGUUGGCAGUGGUCGGAUAGAACACCACUCAACUAUCUGAACUGGAACCCAGAAAUAAAUUUUGAGCCAUUUGUUGAAUAUCACUGUGGAACUUUCAAUGCAUUUAUGCCAAAUGCCUGGAGAAGUCGGGAUUGUGAGUCCACUUUGCCUUACAUAUGUAAAAAAUAUCUAAACCAUACUGAUCACGAAGUAGUUGAAAACGAUGCUUGGAAAUAUUAUGCUACCCACUGUGAGCCUGGCUGGAAUCCCCACAAUCGUAAUUGCUAUAAACUUCAGAAAGAAAAAAAGACCUGGAAUGAAGCUUUGCAUUCUUGCCAGUCCAAUAACAGUGCAUUAAUAGACAUAGAUUCGUUAGCAGAAGUGGAGUUUCUUGUAACCCUCCUUGGAGAUGAAAAUGCAUCAGAAACAUGGAUUGGUUUGAGCAACAAUAAAAUUCCAGUUUCCUUUGAAUGGUCUGAUGGCUCCUCAGUCAUCUUUACUAAUUGGCACACACCUGAGCCCCAAAUUUUUCCAAAUACAAGCCAGCUAUGUGUCUCAGCGGAGCAAUCUGAGGGACACUGGAAAGUUAAAAAUUGCAAAGAAACACUUUUUUACGUUUGUAAGAAAACAGGCCGUGUCCUUUCUGACACUGAAUCAGGUUGCCAAAAGGGAUGGGAGAGACAUGGUGGAUUCUGUUACAAAAUUGACACCGUCCUUCGAAGCUUUGACCACGCCUCCAGUGGUUACUACUGUCCUCCUGCACUUGUAACCAUUACAAACAGGUUUGAACAGGCUUUUAUUACCAGUUUGAUCAGUAGUGUGGUAAAAACGAAGGACACUUAUUUUUGGAUAGCUCUUCAAGAUCAAAAUGAUACAGGAGAAUACACUUGGAAGACGGCAGGGCAGAAGUCAGAGCCGGUGAAGUACACACACUGGAAUGCACGUCAGCCCCGCUACAGUGGUGGCUGUGUUGUCAUUCGAGGAAGGAGUCCCCCUGGUCGCUGGGAAGUGAAGGACUGUAGACACUUUAAGGCAAUGUCCCUGUGCAAGCAACCAGUGGAAAAUCAGGAGAAACCUGAGCAAGAAGAGAGAUGGCCCUUUUCCUCCUGCUAUUUGGAUUGGGAGUCAGAGCCUGGCCUGGCCAGUUGCUUCAAGGUAUUUCAUAGUGAAAAAGUUCUGACGAAAAGAACAUGGAGAGAAGCUGAAGAAUUUUGUGAAGAAUUUGGAGCUCAUCUUGCAAGCUUUGCCCACAUCGAGGAAGAGAAUUUUGUGAAUGAGCUUUUACAUUCAAAAUUUAAUCGGACAGAAGAAAGGCAGUUCUGGAUUGGAUUUAACAAAAGAAACCCACUGAAUGCUGGCUCUUGGGAGUGGUCUGAUGGAACUCCUGUUGUCUCUUCAUUUUUAGACAAUAAUUAUUUUGGAGAAGAUGCAAGAAACUGUGCUGUUUAUAAGGCGAAUAAAACGUUGCUACCCUCAUACUGUGGUUCCAAACGUGAAUGGAUAUGCAAAAUUCCAAGAGAUGUGAGACCCAAGAUUCCACCCUGGUACCAGUAUGAUGCACCCUGGCUCUUUUAUCAGGAUGCAGAGUACCUUUUUCAUACCUCUGCCACGGAAUGGUCCUCCUUUGAGUUUGUCUGUGGCUGGCUGCACAGUGAUAUUCUCACUAUUCAUUCUGCACGUGAACAAGAAUUCAUCCACGGCAAAAUAAGAGCGCUGUCAAAGUAUGGUGUAAACUGGUGGAUUGGACUUCGGGAAGAAAGAGUCAAUGAUGAAUUUCGCUGGAGAGAUGGAUCACCAGUAAUAUACCAGAACUGGGACAAAGGAAAAGAAGAAUCCAUGAUUAAUCAGAGCCAGAGAUGUGGCUUCAUUUCAUCCAUAACAGGACUCUGGGCUAGUGAAGAGUGUUCAGUUUCUAUGCCUAGCAUCUGUAAGCGAAAAAAGUUUUGGAUCAUAGAGAAAGAGAAAGAUACACCAAAAAAACAUGGAACAUGUCCCAAAGGAUGGUUAUAUUUUGACUAUAAGUGCCUUUUGAUGAAAAUCCCCAAGGACCCAAGCGAUUGGAAGAACUGGACAUCUGCUCAAGAUUUUUGUGUUGAAGAAGGGGGGACACUUGUCGCCAUUGAAAAUGAGGUGGAACAAGCUUUCAUUACUAUGAAUCUUUUUGGCCAUACCACUAAUGUGUGGAUAGGGUUACAAAAUGAUGAUUAUGAAAAAUGGCUAAAUGGAAGGCCCGUGUCAUAUUCUAAUUGGUCCCCAUUUGAUAUAGUAAAUAUUCCAAGUCAUAACACCACCGAAGUUCAAAAACGCAUUCCUCUCUGUGCCUUGCUGUCAAAUAAUCCUAAUUUUCACUUCACUGGAAAAUGGUAUUUUGAAGACUGUAGAGAAGAAGGCUAUGGGUUUGUUUGUGAAAAAAUGCAGGAUACUUCUGGACACAGUAUAAAUACAUCUGAUAUGUACCCAAUCCCCAAUACCUUAGAAUACGGAAACAGAACUUACAAAAUAAUUAAUGCAAAUAUGACUUGGUAUACAGCACUAAAAACCUGCCUGAUGCACGGAGCAGAGCUGGUCAGCAUUACAGACCAGUACCACCAGUCUUUCCUCACUGUUAUCCUCAACCGGCUAGGACAUGCCCACUGGAUUGGACUGUUCACUGAAGAUAAUGGUCUUAAUUUUGACUGGUCAGAUGGCACCAAAUCCUCCUUCACUUUUUGGAAAGACGAUGAGUCAUCCUUCCUGGGUGACUGUGUUUUCGCCGACACCAGUGGACACUGGAGUAGCACAGCCUGUGAGUCAUAUCUGCAAGGAGCCAUUUGUAAUGUGCCCACAGAAACAAGACCAUUUGGAUACCCAGAGUUGUGCUCAGAAACAUCUAUUCCCUGGAUAAAAUUCAAAAGUAAUUGCUACAGUUUUUCUACCGUCUUAGACAGUACGAGUUUUGAGGCUGCUGACGAAUUUUGCAAAAAGGAAGGAUCUAAUCUUUUAACAAUCAAAGAUGAAGCUGAAAAUUCAUUUCUCCUAGAUCAGCUUUUAGCUUUCAGUUCUUCUAUCAAGAUGGUUUGGCUGAAUGCUCAAUUUGAUGGUGACAAUGAAACCAUAAAGUGGUUUGAUGGAACUCUCGCAGACCAGUCAAACUGGGGUAUUAGGAAGCCAGAGAUGGACCACGUCAAACCCCAUCUGUGUGUUGCCCUGAGGAUUCCCGAAGGAGUGUGGCAGUUAUCCUCAUGUCAAGACAAAAAAGGAUUUAUAUGUAAAAUGGAAGCAGGACCAAGUCACAGCAUUAUACCCCUUGCAGUAGCAGUGACACUGAUAGUAAUUCUGGCAAUUUCCACACUUUCCUUCUGCAUAUACAAGCACAAUAGUGGUAUCUUCAGGAGACUUGCACAGUUUGGAAAUCCUUACUAUCCUGCAACCAACUUUAGUACAGUAAAUUUAGAAGAAAAUAUUCUCAUUUCUGAUCUUGAGAAGAAUGACCAAUAAUAAUGAAGUGAGAGGAUGCCACGGCCAUGAGAAUGAGUAAAGAAGAGUACUUUCCUUUACAGACCAGAUGCCGCUCUAAUGUGAAUCGUGUCACCAUUUUAAUUAUUCUUAAAAUGAUUACUGGUUUUGAAUUGUAACCAAAUCAGAUAGGUGUUCAUUUAUUCAUUUCCUCGAACUGUGAUCUAUUCUUUAAAAGGGGAGAUUUUACAAUGGCUAUUCUUCAGAAAACGAAAACUAUUAAAAGAAACUCCCAAAUGAAAACUCUCAAACCAAUGUGAAUAAUAGUUUUUGCAUUAAUAUGCUUCUACCAAAAAUUUUUGGGAAUUUUAAAACUAAUCUGGUAUCUAUUCAGACAUUUGCCAAUACUCAUUCCAUUAAAAGAGAGAGGCAGAGAAAAGCAAAACAAAUUUUAAAGUCCUACACUUGUAUAAGAGAGGAAAAAAGAAAAGGCUUUUGAGAGGUUUCUUGUUUGUUUUUUAAUUUGAUCAGUUUAACAGCAGGGUUUGGAAAACACUAAUUUCUAAGCUUAAAACUCACAGGUUCUGGGCUCUAUACUAGUAUUUAGGGUGACAUUCAUUUUUAUUAGUUCUGACUUCUCAAACUAAAGGAGAAGAAAAAUAACCUUUCUUUAAGUAGUAAAAAUCUUGGUUAGCAGCACAAUUUCAUAAGCAACCAUGCAAUGUGGCCUAAAAUCAUCAAUUACUAAAUGAUGACAAAGUUGGAUAGUUAAAAAAUCUUAUAGAUAAGCUCAGAGGGACUUAUUGUUAUCCUAAUACUGUUAAAAUUCACAAGCUUUAUCAAAGACUAAAGGUAUAAAAUGUAUAUAUACCACUUCUAAUAACCAAAAGAUAUAAAUAACUUGAAUUUAAAGGGGAAAAAUGAAAGAUGUGAAUUACAGUUUCAUCAGAACAAGACAAGUACUAAAUAAAUUACUCUUCAGCAGUAAUCUAGAUACCUUUGCUAUAUAAAGGAGUUUAUUUGGGGAGUUCUAUUGAGUAAACUAGGGUUUGGGGGAACCGACUCCAUUUGCAUUGGGCUAGUUCAUGCAGUCAGGAAAAAAUGAUUAAAAGUAUGAUACUAUCCAUAAAUUAAAACUCACAGAUUUGAUCUUCCUUCAUUAAUUUCUUAUAAAGUAAAAGGACUUCAUAAUCAAUGUUCAAAAGUUUACUCAUUGCGUAAAUGUUUACUGAGUUCCUGUUAAGAACCAAGAGCCAUUCUAGAAAUUGGAGGUAUUGGGGCGAGCACUUAUUUUUGAAUGAAGGAAAACCUACAGUAAACCAGUAAAGAAAUGCAUAAGAAGAAAAUAUCAGGUGGUCAUGAAAAUUAAGUAAGGUUCUGUGAUAGAGAGAAACUGGGGGAGUCUCCCUAGAGUGUGCAUUUUAGUUAUUACAACCAGCUGCCUCAAAACUGGUGACAAGUAGUCACAAGAUGGAGCUUGGGAGAAAGUAUGAAUAAGUUUCUGAGUGGAAAACUAUCAUCAUUAGAAAUACGAUUUGAAGAACGUGUCCUAAGAAUGAAGUCCUUGCAGCCUGAAACAGUUAAUACAGCUUCCAAAAGCAGCUCUUUGCUACUGCUGUGCAGUUUACACACUGAGACAAUCUACUUCCAUAAUUUUGUUUGUUUGGGGACUUUAUUUUUUUUUAAGAUAUUACAUUAUGUGACAGUUGUAUAUUUAUAACUCAAAGGAAAAAUUGGCUUGGACUAACCAGAUGUUAUAAAAGCUCAAUUUAAUAAUCUGUCAAGUGAAAUUAAAGUUCUGUUCUUUUUAGUGGACUUGGUAAAAACUGCUAAUCAAUUAUCCUUCCAGUCAAGGUAUAUUGAAGUUGAGUAGUCAGUCACACAUAAAAAUUUGACAAAGUAUGUCAUUAGUAAAGUGGUUCUGCAGGAAAAAAAAAAAACUGUAUUGCUUGUCAGUGCUCUGUACUUUGAUAUUUAGUAUUGAACCACAUCCUAAUGGACAGAUCACGCGCUGCUUCCCAUUACUGAAAUUUCAGAAAUAGGAAUUACUGAAAUACUCUGUUUUAUUCACAUACGUGCACUUUUAAAAACUUUCUUCCACAACUAUUUUUAAUCUGAGCUAGAUUUCAUGCUAUACAUGAAAAGAAAAAAGUAGUAGGGUCACAAACUCAUUCACACGUAAUUAAUGUGCCCCCUCCAGAAAACAGUCAAUUAUUUUCUAUAACUCUGAGUAAUAGGAAAUCUUGGAUUUUUCCAACUGAAGGUAUAUUGGGCUCUUCCAAUUCCAACAGUCUUCUUUCAGUUUAAAUGUUUCUUCUAUUGAAAGUUCCAUUCCCUAUCAAGGGUGCAUUACAUGGUCUCACUAGAUAAACAUUCAGUCUUCUGGAGUUUCCAUUCCCUCCUCAAAAUGGUGGUUGGAUGUAUGAGAACCUGUUGUGUCCUUGUGGUACUGUGGGGAGUAGGUGAUAACUGACUGUGUCUGUGUUAUCUGGUGUCCACUGAUGUCCACUGAUGUCCACUGAUGGUGGCUGUCUGGCCCACACCUGGGAAUUCUACUGGCGUCUCUAUGAAGUCUGUAUUUGGUGUAACCUGUAGUCUAGUCUCUUUGGACUGGCCCCAUCCUGGCUUUCCCUGGCAUUGCCUUAUCCCUGGCUGUGACUCCCAUUCAAUUCCGUACCUGGACAUUACAGUUCUUGGCAAUAAGGCCAUGUCACCUCUGCAGCACUAUCAGUUACUCCCUUGGUCAGGGGAGGCUUAAUACUGGACCAAACAAUCCCAAAAUCUCAUUGGCUUAACACAGCAAAGGUUUAUUUUUCAUCCACACUAACAUGGGGUUGCAGGAAGACUUCAGUUAUUCAUUGGUCCAGGCUCCUCCUAAAUAGUAGGUCCUCCAUCUCCUAAGGCCUUGGUUGCCUCAGUGGGUCCCCUACCUCUGCCUGACAGAAGAAGUUAGAGAUCUAUCUUCGAUUAAUUAUGUAGCUUCCAUGGGCUAUUGAAAUACAUUCUCUAAGUUAACAGUCUUUAAAUUGAGAAUAUGUACCCUGUGGAUACAUAAAGACUUCCAAGGGAUACAGGGGCAUGGAUAUAUAUAUAUAUAUUUUUAGCAGUACGCGGGCCUCUCACUGCUGUGGCCUCUCCCAUUGCGGAGCACAGGCUCCGGACGCGCAGGCUCAGCGGCCAUGGCUCACGGGCCCAGCCGCUCCGCGGCAUGUGGGAUCUUCCCGGACCAGGGCACGAACCCGUGUCCCCUGCAUCGGCAGGCGGACUCCCAACCACUGCGCCACCAGGGAAGCCCCAAUAUUUUUAAGGAGCUCAGUUUCCAGACUCAUUAAACUUUAUAUAUAUUCUUUCUUAGAAUUGACUUGCCUGAGAUCAAGGUGUCAUGCUGGUUCUUCUUUCCCACCUCUUUUUGCAGAAAUGUCCUUUUCUACCUCAAAAAAAAAAAAAAAAAGACAU